CAUCACCAAGCAACCCUGACCCUCCCUCCCACCAUGCCGCUCAUAGUCCUAACCGGAUACCCCUGCUCCGGCCUCACCUACCGCGCCCGCCAGCUCGUGUCCCAGCUCGAAGCAACCCAAACCGAGCUCUUCAACUCCGGCGCUCUCCCUCCCACGAAACCCCGCUAUAAGGUCCACGUCGUACCUACCCAUGAUCCCUCCCACCCGAGAACAGUCUACGACCAUGCCCGCACAGAGAAGGAGAGCCGCGGCGUUGCGUACGCGCGAGCAAAGCGCGCCCUCAACAAGGACAGCUUCGUGAUCCUCGACGGAAUGAACUACAUCAAGGGAUAUCGGUAUCAGCUAUGGUGUGAGGCCAAGGCCUUAGGGACGACAUGCUGCGUGGUACGUCUCCCUCCCCGUCCCCCUCCAUCCCAAGCCACAUCUAACAACCCAUCCACUAGGUCCACGUUGGCACCCCGAUCGACCAAUGCGUCGCAAACAACGAGGCCCGACUGCGCCGUCAAAACGACACAGACAACACUGAAAACCAGCCACCACCCCGAAGCCAGCACCGCACCCACGCUCUCCUCCCUAACCAACACCCUCUCCACCACAACCCUCUCCUCAACCCCCAGCGUCACAACCACCGCCGCCCCCCGCGGUGGCACUCUCGGCCGCCCCAAAAUCAAACCCCACCAAGCCACCGCCCUCCCCGCCCAAACAGACUCCACAGCCCUCUACAGCAUGGAAAAGCGCACCUCCGCCAUCGUCACCUCCAUCCGAAACUACACUUCCUCCAACCCCUCCGCCGAAGCGGCCCUCGCUCUCGCCCAGUCCCAAAACCCGAACACCCGCGCACCCGGGAUUUCCAUCCCCGUGCCCGAGGCAUCCACUCCCGUGUAUAUCCCCGCCCAUGUGGCGACGUCCGGCACGACGGACGAAUUAGCCGGCGCGGGAGGCAUCCUUGCAUUGCCGAGACUGCAGAGGUUGCGGAGGCAGUGGAUCGCGUUGAAUCGGGCGUAUGUGCAGGGUGCGCAUGCGUCAAGUAAGGGCGGACUUACUGCGGAGCAGGUUCCUGAUGCGUUUGUGAGGUUUUUGAAUGCGGAGUUUGGCGGGGAGAGUGAGUAAAUCUCAUGUUAUGCUGCUGUCUGUUGAUUGGUUUUGGGGAUUGGGGAUGCGAUUAGAGAAAAGUUUAGAAUACUGCGUAUUGUAUAGACAGCGUCAGUUUGGUACCUUACCUAGCUAGGAUCAAUUUUACGAGUGAUGAUUGGAAGC